AUGGAGAAAGAUACCUGCUUCAUCAUUGUCGUCUUACUCUGCAUCUCUGCACUCUUCAAGCCCCUUUUCAAUCUUAUUUUCGUCUCUUCUUCCUCUUCUAUUAACUACUUCAAGGAGCGGAAGAAGAAGAAGCUCCCUCCAGGACCCCCUAGCAUUCCGGUGAUAGGAAACCUCCUAUGGCUGCUGAAGUCAUUCUCCGAGAUCGAACCAAUACUCCGGGACCUCAGGGUCAAGUACGGCCCUCUCAUCACCCUGGAGAUUGGGUCUCGGCCGGCCAUAUUCGUGGCUAGCCACUCAAUCGCUCAUCAAGCCCUCAUCCAGAAUGGCGCCGUUUUCUCUGACCGCCCAAGGGCCCUGNAGAUCGAACCAAUACUCCGGGACCUCAGGGUCAAGUACGGCCCUCUCAUCACCCUGGAGAUUGGGUCUCGGCCGGCCAUAUUCGUGGCUAGCCACUCAAUCGCUCAUCAAGCCCUCAUCCAGAAUGGCGCCGUUUUCUCUGACCGCCCAAGGGCCCUGGCCACCAGCAAAAUCAUGAGCAGCAACCAGCACAACAUCAGCUCAGCCGCCUACGGCUCCACCUGGCGCCUCCUCCCCGCCUACGGCUCCACCUGGCGCCUCCUCCGUCGCAACCUCACCUUUGAGAUCCUCCACCCCUCCCGGGUCAAGUCCUACUCUCCCGCCCGUCGUUGGGUCCUUGGAAUCCUAAUUAAUGGCCUCCUCAAAUCUGCCCAAUCGGAAUCGGUGGUGAGGGUGGUUGACCAUUUCCAGUACGCCAUGUUCUGCCUGUUGGUCCUCAUGUGCUUCGGUGACAAGCUCGAUGAAAAUCAAAUCAAACGUGUUGAGACCGUACAACGCCGUUUGCUUUUGAGUUUCAACCGAUUUAACAUUCUCAACUUCUGGCCGAAACUGGGAAAGAUUUUGUUUCGCAAACGAUGGAAAGAGCUCUUGCAGCUGCGCCAGAACCAGGAGGACAUAUUGAUCCCUCUUAUCAAAUCUCGAAUAAGAGCAAAACAAGAGCAACAUAGCGAAGAGAAUGAGGGAAGAAAGGCUGAUGGUGAUGAGCAAGUGGAGGGCAUGGUGGCGUACGUGGACACUCUGGUAAAUCUGCAGCUGCCGGAAGAGAAGAGGAAGCUCAACGACGGGGAGAUGGUGAGCCUGUGCAGUGAGUUUCUAAGUGCCGGCACUGACACCACGUCAACUGCUUUGCAGUGGAUCAUGGCCAAUUUGGUGAAAUACCCUCACGUUCAGGCCAAGCUCUACGGAGAGAUCUCCAGCGUUGUGGGAUCACCGCCAGCCCCACCAUCCUCCAAAAAAGGGGAGGGAAAGGGAGAAGAGACGAUGAGAACCGUGGAGGAGGAGGAUCUGCAGAGGAUGCCAUACCUGAAAGCGGUGGUGUUGGAAGGUCUGAGGCGUCACCCACCGGGGCACUUCGUGCUUCCUCACUGUGUGACGGAGGAGGUCGAAUUAGAGGGUUAUGUGGUGCCAAAGAAUGCCACAGUGAAUUUCAUGGUGGCCGAAAUGGGUUGGGACUCAGAGGUGUGGGAUGAUCCCAUGGGGUUCAAACCCGAGAGGUUCUUGACUGCUGCUGCCACUGCUAUUGUCACUGAUGAAAUUCAUGGCAAAAGCAGCAAGGACGGAGGAGGCGGGGAAGCAACAGCAACUUUAGAUAUAACGGGCAGCAGAGCCAGAGAGAUCAAAAUGAUGCCAUUUGGUGCGGGAAGGAGGAUAUGUCCUGCCUCUGGUUUGGCUUUGCUUCACUUGGAAUAUUUCGUGGCCAAUUUGAUUUGGUACUUUAAAUGGGCGGCUGCUGGGGGAGAGGAUGGCGACGACGUUGAUCUAUCAGAGAAGCAAGAGUUCACUGUCGUCAUGAAACAUCCACUUCAGGCUCGGAUUACACCCAGAGACGAAUGCUACGCCUAAUACUUAUAUGAACACAUAAUACUUCAUAUAUGUGUUCUUAAAUAUUGAUCUACUCGUGUCCUAUCCUAUGUGUGAUUAUGAUCUGUUGUUGUAAUGUAACUUUAAUUUUGGAUUUUAACAUGUAUGGUGGUUUAUAUUAUACAAUA